AUGAUUUACCGAACGAAUUCGUUUCGAAUCGUAUUCAUUUUGAACUUAAUUUUGUGUUCGUUUGGUUGCAAAAUGAACCUCACGGAUAGAGCUUUCAAAGCGGGAGAUCUUAUUCUGGGCGGCUUGUUUCCCGUCCAUUCCUAUUGCUCGAAUUGUUGUAAAGGUCAGUGCGGCGAUCUUCGAUCCCCUGACGCUCUUUAUUUUGCCGAAGCCAUGAUGUACGCCAUUGAUGAAACAAACAGAAAUUCAAGUAUAUUGCAAGGAAUUUCUUUAGGAUUUGAAAUCUUCGAUUAUUGCUCAAAAGACGUAAUAGCGUUGGAGAAAGCUUCUAAUUUCCUUCCGUCGUGCUGGAAAAAGCCUUUAUCACCAGUGGUUGGUGUUGUAGGACCUUAUUCCAGCAGUGUCGCGCUUCAGGUAUCCAAUCUUCUUGGACUUUUCAAAGUGCCGCACGUGAGCUAUGGCGCAACCAGUCCAUUACUCAGCGACAAGAGCCGCUUCAAGUAUUUUAUCAGAACAGUUCCUUCUGACGCUGUGCGCGCUCAAGCGUUGGUGGAUCUAUUGUUGAAAAAUGAAACAAAGUACGUGUCUGUUCUAUAUUCUGACGAUGAGUUUGGCAGAGAGGGGAAAAAACGCUUCACGCAAGCGGCGAAAGAGCGAGGCAUCUGUAUUGGUAUAACAAGGGCGCUACCUCAAGGUCAUACAGUGUUAACAUUUGAUGACAUAAUCAUGGACAUGAGCCAAAAAAUAAAUGCCCAAGUUAUUGUCCUCUUUUGUUCCAAAAGUGAUAUAAGUUUGCUUUUUACAUCGGUUAAAAAGUUUGGAAAGGAAAGGUUUUUCAGAUGGCUUGUAGGAGGUGAUUACGCAGAGAUGUCCGUUUACUUAAAUGGAAACGAAGAUAUCGCUAAAAAUAUAGUUUUGUGUUCACCUCGUAAUGAAAAGUCAACGAGAUUCAUGGAAUGGAGAAACAGGAACAACGUAAGUCACAGCCCGUGGUUCUCAGAAAUAGAGCUAAAGUACGAAACCUCAAAAUAUCGCCCUGAAAAUGAAGGAAAAACAAUAUCCGCAGAUUUAUACAUUCAAAGCGUCAUCAACUCCGUGUACGCUUUUGCUCACGCACUGGACAAAAUGUGCAAAACUUAUUGUGUAAAUAAUUCUAACGCCGCAACGUGUUUGAAAGAAAAAUCACUCAAUCAAACCCUAUUGCUGGAUUAUAUUUUGAAUGUAAAUUAUACGACGUUGAACGGACGGAAGAUAAAAUUCGACAAAAACGGAGAUCUUUCCGCAGAAUAUGACAUAUUAAGACCUAAGAAAGAAGGGUCAUCGUGGGGCGUCGAAAAGUUCGGCCGCUGGGGUCCACCGAUAAAAGGGGCAGGGCCUGUUAAAGUGCAGCUAUUUGAGGAUGCACUUGUACUGCCCAGAACCUUUUGCAGUCGUCCAUGCGAUGUGGGAGAAAGAAAAAUUACUAUCGAGACUUGUUGUUGGAGAUGCGAACCAUGUAAAACCGAUGAGAUCACAUCGAGCAAUCAAACGGAAUGUACACCAUGCACACCAGACUUCAUGCCAGAUGAAAAAAGAGUAAACUGCCUACCUAAACCAGUUAUCAAUGUCGACCCGUCGUCAUCUCUGCUUCUCUUCACCUUGUCGCUCUCAGCCGCUGGAAUUCUUUGUACUUUGUUCAUGCUGGGUGUGUUCGUCAUCCUCAAGCAUCAUCCAGUCAUCAAAGCGUCUAGUCGCGGGCUAAGCUGUAUCUUGUUGGUUGGAAUCAUGAUAUCUUUCGCUGAAAGCUUCGUAGAUUUAAUGGAGCCACAUAAACGCGUUUGCAGUUUGAGAGGAUACACCUGUUUAGGCCAUGUCACUUGCUAUGCUGUGAUGACCUCCAAGGUUCUGAGAGUGAAUCGUCUCUUCAACAGCUCACUCCGUAAAACAUUGAAUCCUACAUUUGUCAGCACGCGCUCACAGCUAGGAUUCAUAGGAUUCAUCUUAGGAAUCGCCCUACUUUUCUCCACGAUUUGGGGCUUUUUCACCUACCAAGACAGCGUUUUGAGAAUCUAUUCAGCAAAAGAGGUUAUUGUCCAAUGCAACAUCUCAAACCCGCACGUGGUAGUCACCAACUCCUUCCAUCUAAGCCUUCUCGCCCUGUGUGGGGUCUACACAUUCAAAACCCUUUGCACCAUGAACAGCCAAAACUUGAUACGAGGAAGGGUGGUUAGGUUAAGCCACCCUUUAGCCGCUUCAGCUGUGUUAUUCCCCCUAUUUUCGGCAAAGUUGUACAGUAUAAUUUUCCGUGCGGAAAAAAUGGUAAAACAGCCGCCAAAGAGGAAACCUGGAGAUAUUCCGCAACGUUAUGCAAAUAGUUCCUUGUUGUUAAGAAUGAACCAAUCAACUCCAGAUCUUCUCCGAAGGCGGCCUGAGAAUGUAUUCAACCUCCACCUAGGAUCGUUUCCUGAAGACGUAAGAAGUUACGCCGGGUCGCUUGCGACAGUCUCCGACGAUGCCCGCAGCCGUGCAACCUCUAUCGAUACAUUACGAAGCAACUCUGGAUGGCUGGACCGAUGUUUAACUUUAGGCGAAGUAACCAGAAGAGGUGAUCGAGAUUCUCAGCUGAAGAACGAAAAGAAUUACGACCAUUCAUUCUAUUCCACUUGGUUAUAA